AUGUUUCGGCAAGCACUCCGCAGCUGCGUGAGGCCAGCAGGCUCGCUGGUUUCCCUUGCGCGUGCUCCCACCGGCCUCUCCGCCGUCACACGACAGAAUCUGCGACCAGUUUACCGCUCGGUUACCCCCUUGAAAAGUAUCGCCAACACAUACAGACUAUACAGUGAUGAGGCUGCCGCCGUACAAGAGGAGAUCUCUCACCCCGCUCCCGUCCGCGAUGUGGUCAAUUUCAAGGACUUGACCCAGCUUGGUGUUCAUGGCAGUCUGAUCGAUGCCAUUGUCAAAGAUAUGGGCUACGAGUCAAUGACUCCCGUCCAGUCCAAGACUAUCAACCCCGCUCUCAAGGGAACCGAUAUUGUUGCGCAGGCCAAGACCGGCACAGGAAAAACCAUCGCCUUCUUGCUUCCCAUGCUGAAUCGCAUGAUCAGUGAAGACCGAACCCUGGCAUCCCGAGGAGCCAGCCGUCGUGCACGAUCAGAUGAUAUUCGCGGCAUUGUGCUCUCACCGACUCGAGAGCUUGCCGAGCAGAUCGCUGUUGAGGCUCGUCGAUUGACACGCAACACAGGCCUAGUCAUCCAGUCGGCCGUUGGUGGCACCAACAAGACUCAGAUGCUGCGACAGACUCAGCGACAGGGAUGCCAUCUCCUUGUUGCCACUCCUGGCCGUCUGAAUGAUUUGCUUCAGGAUCCCCGCUCUGGCAUUGAUGCACCCAAUCUGGCUGCCCUGGUUCUGGAUGAGGCUGACCGGAUGCUUGAUGUGGGUUUUGAGCAGGAGCUCAACCAGAUCAUCCAACAGUUGCCAGAUCCUUCGACCAAGGUCCGCCAGACUAUGCUCGUAUCUGCUACCAUUCCCGAUGACGUUAUUCGCCUGGCUCGCACUAUGGUUCGCGCAGACGACUUUGAAUUCGUACAGACUAUCCCGGAAAAUGAGUCUCUUACCCAUGACAAGGUGCCCCAGAAUGUUGUGCCUGUCUCUUCUUGGGCCAAUGUGUUCCCUACACUAUUUGAGCUGCUUGACCGAGAAGCCGCCAAGGUUGCCGAGAACCCCGACUCCCCCCCAUUCAAGGCAAUCGUCUACUUCAACACUACUUCCAUGGUUGAACUUGCAGGAGAGGUCGCAUUCAGCCGGAAGCGAGAAGGCUUGACCAAUGUCUCCUCCUUCAGCAUCCAGUCUAAGCUCACGCAGGUCCAGCGCAGCCGAGCCGCCGAGAUGUUCCGGAAUGCUCGAUCCGCUAUUCUUCUGUCUUCUGAUGUUACAGCUCGUGGCAUGGACUUCCCUAACGUCACACACGUGAUUCAGGUGGAUACACCUCGCUCCCGAGAGGACUACAUUCACCGUCUGGGCCGUACUGGACGACAAGGCAAGGAAGGUGAGGGUUGGUUGCUUCUGCCCCCUCAGGGUGUUCAGUCAGCCCGCAAGAUGCUUGCCGGCCUGCCUAUCAAGCAGAAUGCGUCAUUGGAGAGCGCUGAGGCUGAUAUUGAGGCUGGGGACCUGCCUCCUCUCCACCAACAAUUCCAGGAUCUCACUCGGAGAGUUCCUCGAAGCAUUCUGGGAAGCGCAUACACUUCGCUUUUCGGAGCUUCAGGCCAGAAGCAAGAACUCGCUCGAGACUUGUAUCACUGGGCCACCCGUGGCUGGGGAUGGGCUCAGCCUCCUGGUGUCAGUGCGAAGUGGGCUCAUCAAAUGAACAUUUCGGCCAGCCAUUUGAACAUUCAAGACAGAUCACAAAACUACUCUCGAGACCGGGGAGACCGAGGAGACCGUUUUUCUGGAAGCGACCAAGACGAGUCCUCCGAUCCGUUCGAAGCGAUGGGACGUCAAGCCCGCUCUGACAGGCCUCCUACCUGGCGCGGUUCCCAAGGUGGCCGUGGUUAUGGCCGUUCCGGCAGUUACGGCCGUAACGACGGCUAUAGGCGUGACAGGAACUCGCAAUCAUCUUCAUGGUGA